CACACGGACCUUCAGGGCAAUCAGAGGAGACAUUUGAAGCUCUCCUCAGCUGAGUUGCUGAAGUGGACUAUUGCAUUUGGCAGAAGUGAGAGGAGGAAGAGGAGGAGAAGAGGAAAGUCUUCGUGGCAGAAAAUUGAGAUGGUGGAAGAAAAAGAGAAGCUGUUGGAAAGAGUGAGGCAGAAAAUGUGAGUGUCACAGCUAGACAGAUACGUGGAGAGAGUGAGUUUACAGGAGCAGAGCUGAAGGGCUUAUCUGUUACACACAUGGAUUGGACUCAAAAACAGCCCGGUGCCAUGUGUUCCUAUGACAUGCUGAUGUUACAGUAAUCGAGAGCAAGUGGGAUAAAGAAGGAAGUGGAGGAGAGAAAAGAAAGACGGUGCACAUUGAAUUGUUUCAGCAGGAGGCGGGACACCAAGCUAUGAAGGAGUGGAGCAGUAUUGCUUUUCACAAUUGAGAAAGAUUAGUAACAGAGCAACCCAGGCUGCUGAGGAGCCUGACAAAGGCCUACUGGACAUGACAAGACCAAGAUCAUGUCAGUAGUCAGUAGGACAGGAGCACAGAAAGAGGAUACGCGUGAGGCAAGACAGACGAUAGAAGACAAAGUGAAAGAUAUAAUAAGGCAGAUGAUUAGAUAGAUAAAAGGAGCAGUAGAAGCAGAAGGUGAGAAGUGAGGGUAAAAUAAGAAGGGUGAAAAGAGGCAGAGAUUAAAUAAAAUACUGUACUAUCAGGAAAAGAAUAGACAGCAGAAGAUACAGCUCCUGGAGAGUAAAAGUCUGGACGGAUUCAGAGGAUAGGUGCUGCCAGUGUUUGGAGAUCAGCAGAAGAAAAAAGCAGCAGUCACGAUGUUCAUGAACUUUCGUCGUAUUCACAAGUGCCAGGUCAUGCAGCUGCUGACUACAUGCAUGGUGCUGUGUGUGGUGAUGGUCUGUUGGGAUGAGUUGGACCACCACGUGGUCAGCCACAUGAGGUCCUACUCAUACCGCUACCUGGUCAACAGCUACGACUUUCUCAAUUCUUCCUUCAACAUCAGCUCCAACCAUCACAGAAAGGAUGGUUCUAAUGAUGUCGAUGGCAGGUUAGUGAACUAUCAAUACCUUUUCAACCACCCAGGUAAAUGUGGAGGUGGAGAUGGGAAAAGCCGGGAUGAUGUCCUCCUGCUUCUGUUUGUCAAAUCAUCACCAGAGAACUUUGAGCGCCGUCAGGCCAUCAGGGACACAUGGGGGAAUGAGAGCUUUGUAAGGGCCGAACAGGGGGCGACUGUGAGGCUGGUGUUCGCCCUUGGCGUACACCCAGAUGUCGGGCAGAGAUCCAGGGUGCAGAGCGCACUGAUGCAGGAGGACCAUAUCUACGGAGACCUCAUCCAGCAGAACUUUUUGGACACCUUCCACAACCUGACUGCCAAACUGAUCCUGCAGUUUCACUGGGGACACAAGUACUGCCCUCAGGCACGCUUCCUCAUGUCUGCAGAUGACGACAUCUUCGUCCACAUGCCCAAUUUGGUGAAGUACCUGCGGCAGUUGCUGAGUAAAAAAUCAGAGGCCAAAGACCUUUGGGUGGGGCAUGUACACAGAGGAGCCCCUCCUAUUCGCCGUAAAGACAGCAAAUACUACGUUCCCUAUGAUCUGUACCCCUGGCCUUCUUACCCAGACUACACUGCUGGAGCGGGGUACGUGGUUUCAGGGGACGUGGCCGCUAAGAUCUACCAAGCAACUCUGGUGCUGAACUCCUCCAUUUACAUCGACGACGUCUUUAUGGGGAUUUGUGCCAAAGCCAUGGGGGUCUCUCCCCAGGAGCAUGGGUACUUCUCAGGGGAGGGCAAGGCCCCAUACCACCCCUGCAUUUAUUAUCACAUGAUCACAUCGCACGGCCACACCACAGAUGUGCACUCACUAUGGCAGGCUGCAACAGACCCUACAGUGUACAGCAACUCCAGAGGAUUUAUGGGUAAUCUGUACUGCACAGUGAAGAGAGUGAUGCUGCUGUGUCUGCCAUAUUACCAGAACACGUACUCCUGUAUGGCUGCUUUUACAUAAAUGGUCUUCAGGUGACACAAGGACUGCUGAAUGCUAAAUGUACCACACAAACAAAUGACGGUACUUCACACAAACAGUCAGCCAUGUUUUGUUUUCUCUUUCAUGUUAUAUUUCACUGUUUACUGGCUAUUUGCUCUAUUGUAAUAAAGAUAUAAAUCUGUUCUGUUAAGCAAACUAAUGCACUCCUUUGUUUUUGUCAUCAACCUUUAGAGAAGGACUAUAAUAAAAUGUUCAAGAACA